AUGGAGAUUCACAGCGUUGUCUGCCCACCCUCCUCCGCUCCGCAACCUCAACUGUCCGCCACCACUCACCCUCCGGAGAAACGAAAACGAGUGCGCCGCUGGCAUCACCGGGGGUUCACUGGCUGUUCGACAUGCCGUCGCCGCCAUGUGCGCUGCGAUGAGGCCUCACCCUCGUGUAAGAAUUGCACGCGGUUAGGGUUGGAAUGCGAUGGCACCCAGGGUCGCAUGACGUUCAAGGUCUACGGACCCCCGCCACCGCCGUCGGAAUCGUCGUCGGCCCCGAAGAAGGGAGACAGGAGAUCGAUCUCGGGCACGCUGGAUGUGGCUAGCGCAGAUGGAAAACCAAUUAAGCGGGAACAAGAUGCGGACGAGGAAUCAUUGGACGGGGUGAUCGUGUCGCCGACGACCGUGUCCGAGUCGAGACCGGUCGAGUACCGCUUCCAAGAGCCCAUGGGCCUCGCGGGGUUCGAGGCCUCGUCAUUGCAAUGCAUCGAUGGUCGAUAUUACACGCAUUUCAUUGACCAAGUGGCGACGUUGCUCCUGAUUUACGACAACUCCAGCAAUAUCAACCCUUUCCGCCGGAACUUCCCCGACAUGGCGCACGCGUCACAUUCCGUGGCCAGCGCCAUGCAGGCGCUGGGGGCUCUCCACCUGGCCAAUACCUCCAGCGGACAACAACGAAAUACACACUUCCAGCAUGCGAUGGGCAAGUAUGGGGAGGUAGUCAAAUCGUUCCGGCAUAAGUAUAUCCAACCGGAGCAGAACGUCCAGCUGAGCGAUUUCGCCACUUGCUUAUUACUGUCCCUCUUCGAGAUGAUGGAUUCGCAAAAUCACAAUUGGGCGAUUCAUUUGAAAGGCGCCCGCGAAAUCUACCGUAUCCUCUUCCUUCCAAACAGCGAUCCCACCAAAGAAGCCGAACGCCUCGCCGAAACCAACCACCCCCUCCGAAAUUUCCUCGUUUCGCUCCUUUCCUAUCUCGAUGUGGCGGGCGCAUGCGCGACAAGUGACGGCACUGUGGUAGAAGGCAGCUACUGGCGGACGCAUGGCGGUGGCUGGGAAUACAACUUGGGGACGCCCAGCUUGUCAUCCGACUCGCCAGACAGUCCUCUGUUGAUCGAACUGCGACAAGGUUGGUCAGUCAUGAUGGAGAUCCAGGCGUCCAUCAGCGCAUUCGGCAAGACAAAACAGCAAGGAAUCGUAUCGCACGCGCAGCAAGACAUGAUCUUCAACGAGAUCCUAGGCCGCCUAGUCGAAUGGCGCAAAGCCGCCCCCGAUCCGUUCCAGAAACUCGGCAGUCUAGACGCUGAAAGCCUGCGGCUGUUCCCGUACCCGGAAAUCCUCGAGUACACCGGCUGCAUCGAGGCGUACGAACAGGCCACCAACAUCUUCCUGUACAAGGUGGCCGCCGCUGAGCGUCCAGACUAUCAGCCGCCGCGCGCACUCAUGGACGUGCUCGCGUCUCGGAUCCUCGCCCUGAUAGGCACGCUGGCCAAAGACGUCGGCCAGCUGGCGGUCUUAUGGCCGCUCUUCACGGCGGGUAGGGAAACGCGAGACGAGGGGGAGCAGAAAUACGUACGACAGACGAUGAUCGAGCUGCAGCGGUUUGGGUUUAAGAACGUCGAAAAGGCCCUAGAAGAGCUAGAGCACGCGUGGUUCAAACAGCGCAGUUUCCCAGAAGGUUGGGUCGAUCGAAUGGACGACGUGCGAUCCUCAAUUCUGCUACCCUGA